AUGCUCAGUAGUGCGAGAAGUGUCGACCAGCAGAAGAGCAGGAAGAGCAGACACACAAAACCGAGGAGAGGUUCCGUCGUGGACUGGAUUAACGGCCUAUCGGAUAACAACACCAAAGACAAAGAAUGGGAAAGAGUGUGCUCCUCGCCCCGAUUGACUCGCCAUGGAAGUGUAGUCUCGAUCGGUGAGACAGCGCCAGACGAAGCAACGUUACAUCGACAGCAUCUGCUUGCAGAACUCAAAAAAGAGGUCAAGGUGAUAAUGGAGGAGGCCGUUACCAAGCGUCAGAUAGACCUAGACUCGCCGUACGUAACUUCCCUUUGUGUGGCUGUUGAGAACUGCCUGAUGGACGGAUUACGUCGACGCCUGCUUGGUCUUUUCGGGAACCGUUCGUCACUUGCUCUUCUACACACUAUUGCGAAGACAAACGUUGUGGCAGAGCAAGUUUUGGCAAAGACGCUCGAAACCAACUCGGAGACUGGCUCCACACAUCCGUUGACGUGGAUUCGGGAGGCUCUUCACAUGCGCGUUCUGUCACAACUCGUACAUCACAUAACGAUCUGCACAAGCUUGCGACGACUGUACGAAAACCACGCAUUGAUGCUGGAUCGUGCCAAAGGCGGAAUGGUAGCAGCUCUGCUACUGGGUCCAUGUGCAGCCACAUACCGCCGAAUGUGUGACCAGCGAGAGAGAACUGCCGAGGAAUUAAUCCGCAGUUGUCGUCCGGCCAGCUCAACGCGCCCGCCGCUAUCCAUCACCCGACGCGGCAGCAGCAUUGUGAACAGCGGUGAGCACACGCCGCUCAGCAGGGAUUUCGUCUACUCGUUGCAUCACAAUUUCAAGUCCAGCCUACUAUACGGCAAGAACAACGUCGGUGUUGCGAAUGGAGAUCAAGCAGCCGUAAAAGGAUAUUUGUCCCUUCAUAAAAGUUACGAAGGAGUUCUUUCGCUAAGGUGGACACCCAACCAAUUGAUGCAUGCAAGCUCUCAACCUUCUUCUGCCACUGCAAAAGACGCUGAACAACAAUGGCUGUGGAAACAAGCUCUAAGUAUAGACAUGGAAGACAUUAUCUACAUUCAUCUGCAUCAAAGAGAUGACUCAACUCCGUCGACGUUGACGCUCGUAAACUGUGAUGGCGUGCAAUGUCCUCCGCUGCAGAUGACGACCGGUCAACACUCGCUCGUCUUCCUAACCACGCUUGAAGCGGGGCUUUCACCCACUCACCGCCUCGAUCCUCCUCUCUGGGGAGGGCCGGGCAAAGAGAAAUCGCUGCCUCGACUUCGGAAACGUACAUCAUGCGCGGUGGGAGGAGGAGCGAUGCUUGACUACGUGUUCCGCAUUGUACGCGUAGCCGGGAGCCGAUUCAUCCAAGACUCUCACCUGCAACAUGACAGUACCCCGUCGCCAACUCAGAGCAAAUCUCUUCCCGCUUCUCCUUAUGUGAACGUCGAAAGCGAAGUGGAUAGUCUUGUUAGUCUACAGAUCGACCGAGCAUGCCAGUCGAUGCGCCAGCAGAUAUUAGCACGGGCUUUUUUCGGAUGGCUCUCCUAUUGUCGGCAUCUUCGAACAGUAAGAAAGCAUUUACUGUACCUGGUGGAUACGCGGAAAAUGGCGGGCGAAGAAGAUACAGAACCGGUUGAUGAAGAGUUCUGGGGAAAAUGUCGGACCUCGAAGACGGAUGAGCUUGAGGAGGAGUUUUUGUUAAGAAUCUACUGGAAAGGUAUAGAAGGUUCGAACCCAAAAAGACUCAGGCGCCAGGCUUGGCCAUACCUUCUCCAGCUUUUCCAAUGGAACGAGGAUCCAGAGCCAAAAAUGACCGAAUUCACUGAGAAGUACAGGGAAGAUGUCGAACGAUGGAGGUCGCUCGAAGGACAAGUGCGUCGUCAAGACGAAGAGGACUUCAUUGCAGCACGACAUCGUAAACCUUCACUUCCGGAGCGUGAAAGUUCCAUUGCAAGUGACGUCUUCGAAGAGGACUUUGCGGUAAAUGGAUUGGAAAAGAACCUUUCAAAUCCCGAAGACGAUAUUUUUCGGCAGUUUUCGAAUAAUCUGCACCGCAUCGAUAAGGAUGUCGAAAGAUGCGACAGGAAUCUCAUUUUCUUUUCGAAUAAGGAGAACCUCGAGAGUCUUCGGAGGGUUAUGAUCACGUACGUGAGCAGAAAUCUUGAUGAUGGGUACAUACAAGGGAUGUGCGACAUUCUUGCUCCUCUACUAGUAGUGUUCGAAGAUGAAGCGCUUACACUUGAGUGUUUUACUAUGCUUAUGAGUCGCCUUCGUGAGAAUUUUCCUCAGAGAAGUGGUAUGGAUCUCUGUUUGAUGAACUUCCGUUCUCUAAUACAGGUCGUCGAUCCGCAAAUCUUCUCAAUGCUCACAUCCACCUCCGACUUUACUCAUCUCUACUUCAGCUACCGAUGGUUCCUACUGGACUUUAAGAGAGAACUUUCCUACGAUAGCAUUUUCCGCGUUUGGGAAACGAUAUGGGCGGCGACGAGAACAUUCAGUCCUCAUUUCCCGUUGUUUUUCGCUCUUGCGAUGGUAACCAACUACCGCGAUGUUAUCAUUGCCAAUAACAUGGACUUCACCGAUAUGAUCAAAUUUUUCAAUGAAAUGGCAGAACGUCAUGAUUGCGCUCGGCUCUUGGCAGCCGCCCGCACUCAUGUCAAAUGUCUCCAGAACUUGGUGCAACAGCUUCGGUGA